GUGUUGUACAUUUAUUCAACACCUGUACAGUAUAUAAAGUGUAGUGGUGCUGAUAAGGUGUAGUAUCACCAUCGAGGAAAACUAAAACAGUACUUACCUGUUCAUCAUGAUGAAGCUGAUCCUUUCACUGACUCUCAUCUGGGCACUCUCCAGCACAGCUGGAGCACUUCAAUGUCAAACUUGCACAGAUUUGCAAUGUUCAACCACAGUAGCACAAAAUUGUUCCUCAGAGACGAUGUGUGUAACAGCUUCCAUUCAAGCCACUUCAUCUGGAACUACAGUACCGCAAAUCUUCAAGGCGUGUGCAUCGUCCUCUUUGUGUCCAGCCACAGGCUCUCAGACAUUUGCAGUCAACUUGGGUGUUAGUAGUGUAGUUGCAUCUGCUACGUGCUGCAACACAGAUAACUGCAAUGCAGGAACUCUACCUUUCCCUGCUGCUCAGACAAAUAACAGCUUACAGUGUUUCACUUGUAACCCCAUCACCUCUCAAUGCACAACUCCAUUACAGUGUAAGGGAGUGGAGGACCGCUGCUUUCAAUUAAAUGUGACAAGUGGGUCCAGCACUACUCCAGUAUUUGGAUGUGCAUCUGCAAACCUGUGUGCAGCUGCUGCCAGCCCGGGUAGCCUACCAUUCUUGCAAAGUGCUGGUACCAACAGCAGUGGACCAUCCUGUUGUGGAACAAGUUUAUGUAAUACUGCCACAACACCAACAACUGCUGCCGGUGAUGCCUGCUGUAUCAGACUGGGUAUGAUCCCUCUCUUGCUCGGAUUGCUUAUCUUUAUCAUCUGUUAGAACUAGGGGGCUUGGACAAAGCACCUUUGAAGCCACCAGAAGGACUCUUAAUCAUGGAUAUUAUCGUAAAAUGAAACUAAAACGAAAAUAAGCAAUGAAAUAUAUUGUUGUUAACUGAAAUUAAAUAAAAUCCAUUUCCUUGAAGAUAACCUAAAUUGAAAGAUAAUACCUGGAUACUAAACUAUCAGUUUAACAUUAAACAAGUAGCACACAACAUAAUACAUGGCAUGACAUCAUAACUCUUCCAUCAGCUGCAUCUGUAGACCACGAGAUGGCAGAAGAGCUCAAUAUUUUAUUGGUCCACUUGCUGAUCUUCUAACCUGCAAAUAUUUCCAUAUGAACAAUGUUCUAGAUAGGAUGGAUAUCUGGUUCAAAUGCAAUAAAUUAUCCCUUAAUGUUAAAAAGAGUGCUUACAUGAUCUUCAAACCUAAAAAUAGAACCCUAUCAGAUCAUCCCCGCCCCAUUCUUAUCGCUAAUAAUGCACUUGAAUAUGUUCCCCAUGUCAAGUUCUUAGGUGUAAUCGCUGAUGAUCAGCUUAACUGGAAAAAACACAUCUCUUAUGUGUCCAACAAAGUUAUAAAAAAUAUUGGUAUUUUAUAGAGUGUAAAACAUUAUCUUGUCAAGAAAAGAAAUUCCAGAUCUAUAUUACUCUACGAUUUAUCCUUUCAUAUCUUACGUCAAUAUAGCAUGGACAAUCACAUCUAAAACCAGUCUCUAUUCCAUCUUUUUAUUACUAAAAAAGUUUGUUAGAAUGGUCCCCAAGUCCAGGUGGAAGGCUCAUACUGCCCCAUUUGUUCAAAGUCUGGAGUUGUUAAACAUAUUUGACAUCAAUAAACUUCAGAUAGGUACUUCUGUAUUUCAAUUUCUUAACAAUUCACUACCCACAUCCUUUCACAGUUUCUUUGUAAGACCAAUUAAUAUGACCAAUAGCAAAAAAAAUGUAUAGUGACUGAGUGGAGUUUUAGACAGAGAGAUACAUUUUUUUUACAAACUUAAAAAAAUCAAAAAAAAAUCAAUGGCAUUAAAUUCAGUCUAACAUGUUUUCCCUCUGAUAAA